CCUCGACUAGUUUCGCUCACUUGCUGUCCGAGCAUGAUGGAGCGUAUUGGGUUCUUCUGUCUCCUGCUUUGUGGAAGCAUACACAUGAUCAGCAAUGCAACAUCAACCCUUCAAACCCCGUCUACUGAAUCAAUCAACAUCACAAAUGAGGAAGCAGAUAAGUCAGCACCCACAUCUAAUGCAUCAAGCAACAACAAAAAUGAGGAAAAAGCAACAUCAACCCUUGAAACCCCGUCUACUAAAUCAAGCAGCAUCACAAAUGAGGGAGCAGAUAAGUCAGCACCCACAUCUAAUGCAUCAAGCAACAACAAAAAUGAGGAAAAAGCAACAUCAACCCUUCAAACCCCGUCUACUGAAUCAAUCAACAUCACAAAUGAGGGAGCAGAAAGGUCAGCGCUUCAACCCAUAUCUAAUGCAUUAAGCAACAACAAAAAUGAGGAAAAAGGUACAAAUAACAUAACCGCAUCCAUAACUGCUACAGAAGCUGCAACAACUACACCAACAUCCAAAACUAACAGCACAGGGACAAACGCUACCGAAACUGCAACGACUACAUCCACAUCCACAACUAACAUCACAGGGACAAACGCAACCGAAACUGCAAUGACUACAACCAAAUCCACAACUAACAGCACAGAGACAAAGGCAACCGAAACUGCAAUGACUACAACCACAUCCACAACUAAUAAAACGAACAGAACAGGCACAACGGCACCAAAAACUGCAACAAAUACAACUCACCAUUCAUCUGGAGGAACAACUCAAGUUCUGGGGAUUUUCCUGAUCACAGUUACAGUAGGCUGCUGUUCUGCUGUGGUGCUGAUUCUGUACUCACUGAGAUAUUUCUACAAAAAGAAAGUGCAUGCUGUUAAGCGGAAUCAGGAGCAUUUCUAUGACUCUAUUGAUGACUUUGCGACAGCCACACAAUUUGCAAGUGACCGAAAAAACACACAGGAAAACAUCUACUACCUGGCAACCUUUCCAGGGGCCCAAAAGACAGAUAACCAGCAGAUUACCUACGAGACCAUAUAUCCCCUGAAAGACUCCACACCAAAGGAAGAAGAUGAACAGCUAUAUACCCAUGUCAUAAAGCCAAAAGAAUAAUCUCUGGACUUCGCUGUGACUUCAUUACUGCUCUAUUCUAUUCCAGCCUCCUGUUUUAUUAAAUUGUUCUGUUGUUUAACUGGUUAUGACUUUCAGAGUUCUUACACAGGCUACAGAGUUGUGUAAAAUGAUACACAGUGCUGAAAUUUCUCUUUUGUAUCAGUAUGUAAAAUUCACCAUUUCCUGCUACAUCUUAUAACAUUCAGAAUAUUAUUAUCUAUGUUUUAACUCACUGUUGUUUUGAAUUACAUGUUGUUUGUGUGCAUAAACACCAAACAUGACUCACUUUAUCAGAUAACUAUUAAUAGAAUCAGGAAACUUCAGUUAU